UCUGUUGUGAAGAAAGACCAUCGAGUUCUCAGUACUCAGUUUGUUAUGUCUGGCCAUUUCCUUGGAUUAACCGAUUACUAGUCGUAUUAAUCGAUAGCCGAACUCGAGGGUCGCUGAAUGUUUUGUAGACGUGGUACACAGUUUUGAAAGUAUAAUAAGCCUGCAAAAAGAAGAAAUAACCCUGCAAACAUGCUGGACUUUGCAAUAUUUGCUGUGACGUUUGUCGUUAUUUUGGUCGGUGCUGUGCUGUAUUUAUAUCCGUCAUCAAGGCGAGCUUCCGGUGUUCCUGGUUUGAAUCCUACUGAAGAGAAGGAUGGUAACCUGCAGGACAUUGUGAACAAAGGAAGUCUGCACGAGUUCCUGGUUGGGCUUCAUGAUCGGUUCGGUCCUGUGGCUUCGUUCUGGUUCGGGCGGAGACCAGUAGUGAGUCUGGGCUCUGUGGAUGAACUGCGACAGCACAUCAACCCAAACUGGACCACGGAUUCCUUCGAGACGAUGCUCAAGUCCUUGCUCAGUUAUCAGUCAGGAGCAGGUGUGGGAGGGACCGAGGCACUGAUGAGGAAGAAAGUGUGUGAAGGAGCCAUUAAAAAAACGCUGGAGAAUAACUUCCCUCUUCUACUCAAAUUGGCUGAGGAGUUGGUUGAAAAGUGGCAGUCGUAUCCAAAGUCCCAGCACACACCCCUCUGCGCUCAUCUGCUGGGACUGGCCAUGAAGGCCGUCACUCAGCUGGCCAUGGGCAGCCGCUUCGCUGAAGACUCCGAAGUCAUCCGCUUCCGCAAGAACCACGAGGCCAUCUGGUCGGAGAUCGGGAAGGGUUACCUGGACGGUUCUAUGGAGAAGAGCUCCAGCAGGAAGGCGCACUACGAGAGCGCUUUGUCCGAGAUGGAGUCCAUGCUGAAGUCUGUCAUAAAAGAGAGAAGUGGGCGUGGUUCCAGUCAGUCGGCUUACAUAGACUCUCUACUGCAGGCCAAACUAUCAGAGAGACAGAUCAUGGAAGAGAGCAUGGUGUUCACCCUCGCCGGCUCGGUCAUCACGGCAAAUCUGUGCAUCUGGGCAGUACACUUUCUGUCCCUGAGUGAGACGGUGCAGGAAAAACUGCAUGAGGAACUAGUGAAGGUUCUGGGUGAUGAUCCUGUUUCCCUGGACAAGAUUCCACAGCUCAGGUACUGUCAGGAGGUCCUGAACGAGACGGUGCGCACUGCUAAACUCACCCCCAUCGCAGCCAGACUGCAGGAAGUGGAAGGGAAGGUGGAUGGACAUGUCAUUCCUAAAGAGACUUUGGUUAUCUACGCUCUCGGUGUUGUCCUUCAGGAUGCAGACACUUGGGCAUUACCAUACAGGUUCAAUCCGGAUCGAUUUAAAGAUGAGAAUGUGACGAAAUGUUUCUCGCUGUUGGGUUUUUCGGGAAAUCAGGCCUGCCCCGAACUUCGAUUUGCGUACACGGUGGCGGCGGUGCUGCUGAGCGUGUUGGUGCGUAGGCUGCGGCUACACUCCCUCAAAGGCCAGGUGGUGGAGUCCAGGUACGAGCUCGUGACCACGCCGAAAGACGACACCUGGAUCACUGUGAGCAAAAGGAACUGAUGCAGCAGAUUCCCGCAUCUCACAAACAACCGUAAAGGACAUUUGGUAGAGAUCAGUUUUCCAGUAUGUCAAUCAUGGAGCCAUGUUGGAGUGAUUUUGUUGCUCGUGACAUCAGGCUUCUGGUGUUAGUUGAUACGAGGUCUAAUGAGUCAUUUAUGACCAGACUGAAUAAUCGUUUGCUACAUUUUUGUUCAUUCCAUUAAUGCUAAAGAUCUAAUUUGUUGUUAUUUUCAAUAAUAAAAGCAUUUUGUUUAGUACAUCAGGAUAAUUCUGCAUUUGUAUAUAGCUGAGUGCAACAAUUUGCACACCCUUUAGUCGAAGAACACACAAGUUUCUUUAUCACAUUUUGUAAUUAAUAUAGUUGAAAUGUUUAAAGGUAUUAAUGAUGAUGAAGAAAUAAACUGACGUUACAUUAAUACACAA